ACUAUUUGAACCGUGUGUGGAAAACUGGAUAGUUUGAGAGCUGCUAUACAUCCCUCGGUUCCUUCCUUGUUUCCCUCCAUGCAGUGGAAAACUUUACCGCUUUUCCACUCUUCAUCUGCGUCACUCCAGCUGCCUCACAAAGCGACAAACCGUCGUUUUUUUACCCAUUCGUCUUAGCUCUGUGUCCUCUGUGUCAACAGACAGGCAGAGAAAGUAGGUUAUCUGUCACAUUCAUCUCCAAAGCCGUGGGGAAAUGUGUGUAACAUCUGACUGUAUUUCUGCAUAACAAAGCCAGCUGAGGCCGAUGUAAUAUUGCUGUGCUGUGGAACUUUAACUAACCAGAUGGUGAAUGAUUACGAAACUUGCAUUAUACUUGGCUACUACUCACGUAGCCCCAAUGUGUGUGUGUGUGUGUGUGUGUGUGUGUGUGUGUUUGUGUGUGUGCGUGUGUGUGUGUGUGUGGGGGGGAUCUCCCAGCGGUCAGACGCGCUCCUCUGCGUACAGCGGACCCCCUUUGGUCCUGUAAUCUCACUGGAACCGAAUCAUGGAGCAUGCAAUGUGCUCUGUGUAAAGGUUAGGGAAUGCGGAUCGCUGCUGGAUAACCCUUCUGUCCAGCACCCCGGGGUCGCGCUUUGUUUGCACUGAAGACCGGGACCACAUUAAACCUUGAAAAUGGAUCCUUUACGAAAUGGGAAUAAUUGUGAGGAGGACUCGCAGUGUCCUGAGGUGGAAGAAGAACAAGUGGAUCCAAGAAUCCAGGGAGAACUGGAGAAGUUGAACCAGUCCACAGAUGACAUUAACCGCUGGGAGAGUGAGCUGGAGGACUGCCGUCAGCGGUUUCGUGCCGUGCUGGUUGAAGCAACGGUGAAGCUGGACGAGCAGGUGAAGAGGAUCGGACGAGCUGUGGACGACUCCAAACCUUACUGGGAAGCUCGCAAAGUAGCAAGACAGGCCCAGGUUGAAGCCCAAAAGGCCACUCAGGAGUUCCAGCGGGCGGUGGAGAUCCUGCGGGCAGCCAAGGAGACCAUUGCCCUGGCCGAGGAGAGGCUUCUGGAAGAGGACAGCCGCCAGUUUGACUCUGCUUGGCAGGAAAUGCUCAACCAUGCCACACAGAGGGUGAUGGAGGCCGAGCAGGCGAGAACACGUAGCGAAGCUGAACACAGAAAAACAGCAGCCAAUUACAAUUCCUGUAUCAGCCACAUGAGGCAGUUAGAGAAGAAACUCAAACGCUCCAUCAACAAAUCCAGGCCGUAUUUUGAACUGAAAGCCAAGUAUUAUCUACAGCUUGAGCAACUAAAGCGGCAUGUUGAUGAGCGUCAGGCCAAAUUGGUGGUGGCCAAGGCCAACUACCGCGCAGCACUACGCAACUUAGAGAGCAUCUCUGAAGAGAUCCAUGCCCAGCGACGCUCCCUCGCCAUGGGAACCAGGGAGCAGGGUGUUGGUGCGGAGGGUGAUGGGGGCAACGAGGACAUUGCUAACUUCAAGAUGGAGUCAGACGGUCUGUCUAUGGUGUCCGUAUCAAUUGACGAUGAGGGCAGUCACAGUUGCAGCUCAGAGGAGGAGACCGACCCUCACUCCGCCUCCUCCCCCCGAGCUAUGCCCUCCUCACCUUCCUCAUCCUCCUCCCAACCUUCCACCUCUGCCUCCACCCCUCUGGACAUGCCCUGCCCUCACACCUCCUCCACGCUCCACACCUCCUGCUCGUCCCUCUCCUCCUCUUCCUCUUCAAUCCUCGACUCCUCCUGUCCCGGUGGACUGGAGUUAGUGAGCCCAUGUAGCUCUCAUGACCCAAACUCAGUGUGGGGUUCAGGGCAUGCAUCCCCUCUCUUGGGCCCCCGCAGCCAGUGCAGUGGUGCUUCCUCCCCAGACUGUGACCAGGAGAGAGGUGACAGAGCAGAGGGAGCCGAGGCGACGCUAGAGGCCGGUUUAAACAAGCUAACAUUGACUGUAGCACAAAAACAAGAGGGGGACUCUGGGGACGAACAAGACGCCGAUUUUAUUAACCCUGAAACUUCCACUCCCAGCUCAGCCACUACCAUUCUGUUACUUAACAGUGCCUAAUGAACUCACUGUGCCCAGCUUCAAGCCUCUAACCGGACUCUGUGACAGAGGACGUGGAACGCAGGAUGAAAUGCUCAAUCUAAGCCAUGAUAGAGCAACCUGCACACUCCAAGUUCCAUCCAACUUGACAUUAUGUCUCCAUAUAGUCUAAACAUCUGAUGGUGCCAUAUUAAAGGUGCUAUAUGUUGUAUAUGUCAGUACAUUGUCAAAUACAUUGU